CUCACCUCUCUGUCGAUAACCAUCAUCAUCCUGUCUGUCGGUCUGUCGGUCUCUGCCUGCCACGACAACCACUCCUCGCCAUUCUUCGCCCCUCGAAUUGCUCAAUCGCUCGCAUCUCCAUCUCCGACUUGGCCUUCCAAACCACCCUCACCUCUCAAGCGUACACGAGAUCCCCGACCUCGCAGCAGCGAUCCAUACCCCUCGAACAAUCAAAAUAACCAACAGCACUCCACACCCACAGCGCAUCAUACAAUCCCAGCCCAACCACUCGCCAGCCUCUCUCACCCGGAAUCAAUCCAUCCCUGGAUACCGCCCAAAGACAAAAGAGCAAAGCACACAGAUAGGCUGGCCCUACGCUGUACGGUACAACAAUUGUACAUCCAUCCACCACAGACGCAUCGAUCAACCGAACCAGGUGCUUACAGCCUCACCACAGACCCUCUCCUUGACCCCCAAAAGACAUCUCACAUCCGCAGCGAUUAUAGUCAAGAUGGCGAACGGAUGGAGCAUCAUCAUCGGCCUCAUCGUCGUGGUCAUCGCCUCCGUAUUGGCGUGGAUCUUCAGCCCGAAGGGCGAGAAUCAGACUGUGUUCAGAAGUACCCUGAUCCUAUCAUUCGUAUGCUGUUAUCUGAUGUGGGCCAUCACGUUCCUCGCGCAGUGGCAUCCGCUUAUCACGCCUAAGCGGUCGGAUAUUCGGCCUGAUCGCGUGCCCGAGUAGAUUCCUCUUUUUCUUUUGCGAGUAUGGGCUGGGGGAGCGUGGUUCGGGAUGUGUGAGCUUUGUAUGAUGUGUCGUGGUGGAUUGGCAGGGUGUCUAGGGGCGUGGUGAUAUGCUAC